CAAUUGAAUUCAAUUUAGACAUCCCAUCCCAAUACUUCUAUUUUCAUGUUUCGUGCCUUUUAAGGACCAUACAUUGACAUGUUAAAGGUACCUUUGAUAUGUCGAUGGGACCAUAACGUGCCAUAACCUCAAAACCUUCAAAUUUUUACUUGGUUUUGUAUUGUGAAAAACAGCAGACGCUGAAAAAUCGUUGUUUUUUUUUGAGAAAAAUUAUCAAUAAUGAUAAUUUAAUUACCCGGAUGGUCUUGAAUGAGAGUGUCUAAAAACUCCCGAUGGAAAAACGUCUCAAGAAAUAUUAAAACAAAAUUACCAUUAGCAAUUCAAAUAAUGUUGUUUUCACUUACAAAUACCCAUACAGGUACAAAAUUUUAUUUGUUACAAACCAAGUAUGAAGUUGGUAGAAAGAAUUGUAGUUUUCUUAUAGAGAAUGAUGUGUCUAUCAGCAGAAAACAUGCAGUGAUUGAAGUACAGGAUGACAAGGUUACUGUCACUGAUGCCGGGUCAAAGUACAAAAGUCUUCUCAAUGGGAAAUCAAUGGAACCAAAUGUUGCUUGUGUAUUAAAACAUGGAGAUGAAAUUCAGUUUGGAGUCUACAACAGUAAAUUUAGACUUGAGCGAGAAAAAUACGUUACAACAGCUACUCGUCUGCCUGGCGCUGAAAAAAUACAAUUAAAAAAUGAUAUUGAAGCUGUUCGUGGAUCAUAUGUGGAAGAUUGGUCUCAUGAUUGUACUCAUCUCACAGUCAAAGAGAUAGCCCUUACAGUAAAAGUUCUUUAUGCCCUUAUUGAUGAUAAACCAAUAGUUUUGCCUCAGUAUUGGACAAAACUUAAAGAUCAUGUAAGAUCGGGUGAGGAAUUUCCCAAAGUAGAGAACUAUAACAAUCCUCCAGUUAGUGGGACACUACUUAGCAGAGUGGAAUGGAAGAGGGGAAUUAACCGAAGAAAUAUGUUCAAAAAUAAGUUAUUUAUAUUUCUUACUGAAAAUAACAAGCAAAUUAUGGAGGGUGUGAUAGCAAGGCUAGGAGGAACGUCAAUUGCUUGGGAGAAAAAGCCAAUGCCUUUGCAAGAUAUAGAAAAAUCUCCAAAACAAAUAAUUGUGGUUCAACCACUAGAAAAGACUCAGAAUAGCUCGUUCCAGGAAUUAGUAGAACUUGUGUCUAAAAGAGGCCAACGUCUUAUACCUCAACAAGAAAUUGCCUUAGCUGUUGUAUCUGGAAAUUGUGAAAAGGAUUGUAACCCAGAAUUUGACAGAGCAAGCGAAGUAUUUUGCAAUGUCAGUAAAUGCGCACCAAGUCAGAGCACGGUGUUGGCACAAAAUACUGAAGACCAAGCCUAUUCUCAAGAUUUGUGUAACGUCAAAAAAGAGAAACCAGAUAUAGUAAUACGUGCCACAUACAGUCCCGAGAAUAACACAACUAAAUCGGAAAAAGCACCAUCUUCAGUUGAUGAUAUUAUGGAGGAAAACCAGCGAGAGAUUUUCAAAAGACCCAAUGACGCACCUUUAACAAAUGCCUCCAAAAAAAUAAGGACCGAAGACAUAGAAUGGAUUUCAGGAAAUUCUAGCCGGAAUGAACCAGUUGAAAUAGUGCAGCCUAAAGCUACUGAAACGCAAGAUACUACACCUGUAAACGCUCAAAAAAGGAAAGCCUCUGAUGACUCUGACGAGGAAAACUCAGCGACAGAAAAUCCCUUCUUGAAAAUAGGCAAAAAGACAAAGCGCCAAGACAAAAACCAUCCUUUUAAAACUUUGACUCGUAGUAGUAAGGAAGACCUACAGCCAGACCUUAGAAUGAACCCAUUUUGGAGUUCAAGGUCAGCGCCUAAAGUAAAAAAAGAGGGGGAAGAUAAAAAUACUGCCAAGGUAUUAUCGAGCACAGCAAAUACAUCCGUACUAGAGCAACCAUCAUUAGAAUACUCCAGAAUAAAAACGACAGAUGAAAAUCUAAACGCGACUUGGAUCUCUAAGAACGGACAAUCAACAUGCGUAGAAGUAAAGGAAGAAUUGCAAUGUCAGGAUGAUGAUUAUAUCAUUGAAUUCAGAAAUCAGUUCAGAGAUAAAGUUGUAAUAGAAUGUUUCGCAAAAGUGAUAGAAAAAAGGAACAAUGAUAUCACGGAUAGAGUUGAUAGUAGCGUAAGCAAUGGUAGAGUCAACUUCAAGAAAUUUAGAAAGGUAACACCUAUAUAUGUAAAAUAGUGUUGAAGUUGAUUUUCGAUUGGGCCUACAAAAUCCUCAUACAUAUACCGCAGGACACCAUUUCAGAAACACUGCUUUAGAUUAGUCUGGAAUUUGAGACGACAAACUAUUAAAUUACAUCAUAAACAUUCAACCUUUGAACCAUUUUAUACAGCAGUGGCCAGCUUCAAGUUCGUGAUGCAAUUUGAUUCGAUCUCCCUAUAAUUUAAUUUGCUUGUUCAAGGUGUUGCCUUUACACCCCCAAAGAAGUUCCAUCAUGAAUCAAACUGUCAUGGCAACAGUUACGUUAGGAAGUCAGGCUGCACCAAGUGUAGAACCUGUUCAAGUCUUCAAUGAUAAUAGCGAUGGUGACAUUGCCAAUGUCAGGCCAGUGAAAAGAAGUGUGAAAAAAAUUGUGCUGUAAGAGUUAUUAUAAAAACUCAUCAAUCGAGGAAUUACAUAUACCAAUUUAUGUUGCAGUUUUAAAAGAAUUUGAAUUCUAUCACAAUAGAAAUGAUUGAUAAAAAAAUGUGUUGGUGUCUUUCACUAUAUUCCAUAUCUGUACCUCAGAGCCAGGCUGGGUUAAGUCCUUUAUUGCCUAAGAUGAUUUUUAUAUGGUAAGCUCAUGAUAAUAUUGUGAAUUUUAAUUUUCUACUUACACUGUCCAUAUAUCUGUAAUAAAAAGGAAGUUACAACUUUAUCAGUCAUAUAUAGCUUUUGUUCGUCUGUUAAGUCGUAUACAAUACAAGAAACAUAUUUCAAAAGUAAUUCGGAAGUUUCCUUUAGUCGAAAAUACUAGUUUCACUUACAUAACUGUAGUCUUUCAAAAAUCCUUGCAUCUCGACGCCUCAGUGGUUCAAAAUUACUAAAAUAUUUCAAAAACUAUAAAGAUUCGCUAAAUUUUACAAACAAGAAUUCAUUUCCACGUUUUCCAGGUCGCUGAUAACGACUAUGAUAUCCACUUGUCAAAGAUCAAAAUGUUUUGAUUGAGCUAAAAUUUAAGUUUUACAUGUUUUCGGGGUCAUUAAUAAUGAACUUUAUAUCGAUUGCUCAAAAAUAGAAUUAGCGGGUGUAAUGUAGCAGUUAUGUUUCCAAAAAAUGUUUUGAUUGCGCUCAACAAGAAGUUUCAUGUCUUUUUAAGAUCGCGAAUAACGAAUUAAAUAUCGAUUCUUGAAAAAUCUAAAUGGUGGAUCAAAUAUGCAAAAAAUUUGUUGAUUGUGCUCAAAUCACUGUUUUAUACGUUUUCAAGGUAUAAUUUAUGUAAUAGUGUAUAUUGUCGCAUAAAUGCCAAACUUGCAGUCAGCUGCAGCCACAAAUAACUUAUUUCUCAACACGCUACUAUUCGAAAUAUAACGGACUCCAAUGGGCCUUUGUAAACUUUUUUUGAACUCAUUAUAUACGGAAAAAAUUUCGAUUACAUAUUGUUGUCGUAUAGUGUCGUGUGACAAUUGGCAAGUAAUAGAAUGCCAUAUCUUGUCCGCAAUCUAUUUUGCCAAAUCUUAAUGCAGUUAAUUAUUUUAAAACGUGACACUAUUCGAUUAUACACAACGCCUAUGCAUCUUCACGUCGACGUAGACAAGGUUCAAAGAGUAUUACCCCUCCAGCCAUAACAUGAUCACAAUAAAUAUAUUCACAUUUUCUCGAAAUAAAAGCAAUAAUCAAAUCUAUUCCCGCCCUCAUUUACACCAAUUAGGUUAUUUAUCCAUCAUAAUAUACAUUUAUUUUGAAUUUUUUACCAUAUCAACUAAAUACGUAUUAAUAUCAAAAUGAUAUUUAUAGUAAGUAGUAUAAUGAUAUUCCCGAAAAGGCAAUUUUAUUGACCCUGUAGCCCUGUUUAUUACCCUGCACCACUUCCUUCUAAUCCUUCUAUGUUUUGGCACAGGUAAAUAUGUUUUUCUGCGGCUAAUAUGCCUAUAUGUAUUUGUACAUGUAGGUUAAAUACAAUAUUUGUAAGUCGAUGGUCUGACCCAUUUUUACCCUAAAUGGUAAAUACUGAGCAGAGCAACGUUUGUAAAUCUGAUGGUGGCAUCUGACGUCAUUUAUAACUCGUUCUCACGAUCCAAUAAGAUAAUUCUCCUAAUAAGAAACUUCAGGGGAUCGUAACUUAAUUUUUUAAGAUAUUCAAAAAAAAAUUCAGAGCUGUACUUCACUCCAGUUAAACUAUCAUUUUAAGUGUUUCAGAAAAUAGAAAAUCUCAUUAUCUCAAAACAACUUAUUUGGACUCAACCUGAGCUGAGGUACAGAUAUAUGAUAUCUGCUGGACCAUGUUUCAUGAUGUUGGUUUUCAGUUAUGGAUGUUGUUUGUUUUUAUUGAUUUUUUGUACUAUUUAUAUACAGUUAGUUCUAUUUUGACAUGUAUUUUCAUUGUAUUGAGAAUUAUACCAUCUUUGUAUUGAGAGUAUAAUUUCCAUUACUGUGUUGCUUGUUAGCUGCAUACAUUCUAUUAAAGGAAGAUUUUUGUAGAAAGGAACCUUUCACGAAAUUGAUAUUUGUCGUGAAAGAGUAGAUAUAGAUUGAGCAUUUUUUAUAAACCUACACAAAUGUUGAUUCAUGAUAACAACCCAGUGUAUGUCUAAACUUCCUGUAUUCAGUUGCUGGUAUCUUACAAUGUAUUAGUAUAUGAUACCGAUUUUAAUUGUAUUUAUAAUUAUUUUCAUUUAGUCAUUGUUUUUUGUUUGUACGUCCAUGAUCAUUACAAAUGUUUGUUACAUUUUUUGUACUUUUUUAUUACCGCAAUCGAAUCAUGACUUGAAUGCUGAAAUGAAUUUUGUUCAUGACAAAACUCUCGCCAAGAAACCUCAGGAGCACCCAACACUCGUAAGUCAAGAAAUGUUCUCGCCGCGCCGGCGCCGCCUCGAUGUCGGAUUGGAUGUUGCUCCUUCAAGACUUUAGCCAAGAAGUUCAGAAAAACAUAAAUGAGAAUGCAUUAUCUCCACUUCGGACCAUCGUGUUACGAUCAGUUUCACUAUUUUACCAUCAUAUAAACUUAUCUUUAACCGACGAGAAAGAGAAUCCUUUUCCCCUUAUAGACUCGCACCGAGAAGCCUCGUGAUCACUCAAAAAAUUAUGCUAGAAUUAAAAAUAAAGAUUUCCUCAUUCUGAGUCUUCGAGAAGCUUCGUGAACACUGAAAAAGUUCACACUCACUUGUUGGCUGUCGGUGUACUGUUAAAGUCACCUGCUGAGAAUUAUUUAAACCUUUGAGCGUGAUAUCAAUAAAUUGGACGACCAUCUUGAUCGAACAGUAUAGGUGUGCUCACUAGUUACUGAGGAAAUCUUUUGAUCUCUUGGGCUCUAUGUAUAAUCAGGUAGUAAGCAAGAAAGUCUGUAUAUGAACCCAAAUACCGUAUAAUAUAUUAAUACUGUGCAGAGGUUUGGUUGGUUGAAGUAAUAUACCUAUUAGAGGUGGGGUCUGUGACCAUUUACCACACGAAAUAUCAAUUUUUCCUCAAGAUCAAAUUUGAAAUAUAGUGGGUUUGAUCAAUUUAUCACAUAUUUAAGCGAACUCUGUUUAUGUUCUAUAUAAGAAAUGUUGAAGUCCAUGCAUAAUCCAUAAAAAAUACGGAAUAUCAGAUUGAUUUCUAUAAUGUACAGAUAUUUCUGUGUACAACUACCUAUACUUUGUGUAUGUUUAUGAGUACGUUGGUGAUCAGUACCUUUACAUUCAUAAUAUUAACAAUAAUACUCAGGUACAAUCAUUUCCAGAACACAAGGAAAAUGUUAAUAGAUUCAUGCAAAUGUAUAGAUAUAAACAAAAUAUACAAUAUAAAAAUAAAUACGAGAUGAUUUGUAAAGGUUAGUUAUCUCCUUCACCAGUAAGGCGGUUUAGUUCUGCAAUCAAUUUGCGCUUCUUAUUUUCAGUAACGACGUGUUUUAUUUCUGUGCAGAGGUUUGAUCGGAGUAAUAUAUUUGAGGUGACGUCAUCUGUGACCAUUACCACACCAAAUAUCAAUUUUUCUUCCUCAAGAUCAAAUUUGAAAUCUAGUGGGUUUUCGCUAAACCCGCAUGCUCCUGAAAAUACAAUAAUUGACUAUCAAUUACUCGCAUAUUUAAGUGGAAUAUUUUUAUGUUUUUUCAAAAAAUGUUGAAAUCCACGCGUAAUCCAUAAAUAAAACGGAAUAUAAGAUCGAUUUUCAUAAUGGUCUUCGUGAGGAGCCCUAAAGUAAGGAUCAACGAACGUCACUUACGAGAAAAGUUGUCAGUUUAAAAACGACUAUUUCGCUCAGAUUCAUUUGAAAAAAGUCAUCAGAAAAAAUAAAGUGCUUGGAGUUUGAAGUUUCAUCAACAUCGGCAUGAUUCGUAAAUUGCUUAAAAAGUGAUUUAUAAAUGUUUUUACUUUGUGUAGGUUUGAUAAAUCGUUAAUUUAUGUUGCUUGCCUUCAAAAUCUUGUAUUGCAUUCCAGUAGGUAAAUCCUUGAACUACUGAAGUAUAAAUUUCUGUUUGAUUUUUAUCCAGCAGGUAGUCAGCUAAAUAAUUGAGUAAUAUUUUUUCCUUAUCAGAAAGAUUACACCACUUCAGAAACAGUUCUUGCAGAAUUGGACCUAAAGAAAAAACAUGCACAAAUCUAUUGACUACUAAGCCCUAAAUUAAAAUGGGGCAGGAGGGGGGUGAUCGAACACUAGUUGUAAGAAAUAAUGUAGGCCAACCUUCUUAUGAUACUGUAGAUCAUGUGAAAAUAUUUCGGUUCAGAUCCAUAUUCCUAAGAAUGAAUAGAACAUGAGGUAUUGCUAUAGAAGAGGACCCAUAAAAACAAAUAUACGAGUUUGCAGUAUGUGCUGCUAUCUUUGUAUUUCAUAAUAAUUUUAUUUGAUUCUAAAGCGCCUUGAGCAAUAACGAGGUGUUUGUGAAUAGUCUUUGGCCCUUUUCUAUGAACCUUGUUUAUAUAUAAAGGGAAAUUUGUCUGACGGCUUGAGUUCAAUGUAUACGAGAGAGAGGCGCGAGAAGUGAAGAGCGAAGGUCAUCACCACCUUGUCUAGCAACGGUGACGCAGAAGGUCGUGCAAUCUGCCGCGUUACAAAUGUUACACCAGAAAAUAUUCGCACGCUUCUAAAAAUGGAUAGGUUACUGUCAAACCCAAGAAGAAGGUCUGUUCCAACAUGUAAUAUUUUGUGUUCAUUUUGAUUAGAAUUAUUCAUUUAAAUUUUCAAGCGACUUGGUGUUUAAUUUAUUUUAUAAUUAUAUUUGAUUUCCACCGGUGGUGAUGAAAUCAACACAUCUUGAGAUAUGGAGGUGGAAACCUUGAAUUAGAAUGUACGAGAUGCGGUGUUGCCAAGCGAAAAAAUGAUGCAAUGUUGUAGAGUUUGUGGUGAUCCUGACCUUUUAUUUCGACCUAAAAUGGAGCGCCGCUAGGGCCGAUCCGGAAUCGAUUCUACACUGAUUCGACACAAUUCACAAAUGUGUACGCUCAAAAUAAAACCAUUAUUUUAGCGCAGAGAAUAACCUGCCGCAUAUUUUCAUCAUGCGUCCUAAUUCAAGAAACUGGUAUAACAUAUUGGCAAUCCAGCUGGCUUCUUUCUCUUCCUAACAUAUGUGUCUAUACUUACACACUCUCGCACACAUUGAACUUAAGCCGUCAGAAAUUUGGCUCUCGGAGUAUAUAUGAAUCAAAUAUAAACACUAACGCUGACAGCUAGCACCUCUGUUUGGCAACUAUACUAUUUGACUUGAAAGCAAUUUGUAUAAAAAUUCACCUGUUCAAAUCUGAUUUUCUUUUUUUUACCACACUACACACGAAUUGUUUAAAAUGAUUGCUUUACAAUAUACAGUAAUGGACAAAAGCAUAUAGAGUUAUAGACAAAUUUAUAUUGUGCUGUAUGUAUUUAUUUUUUAACUUGUUUUAUUAGUACACCAACGUGUAUACAUAAUUAGUUAUAGCAUAAUACUUAUACAUAAAUAAAUUCAUUAGACUCCCUUCAAUAAAAAAUUAAUUGAAAAAACUGGAACUGUGAAGGACAAAGCAAAACAAUUACAGAAAAAAGAAGCAAAGUUCAUUGAAUUAUAGAAAACCAGCCAUGUUUGUGUUAAUAUUUUGUAGCAUAACCAUUAUUAUCAAUCACCGCCUGGCAUCGUCUCGGCAUAGAUUGUAGAAGUUUCUUGAUAUAAGAUUCAUCAAUAUGUCUCCACUUUUGCUCUAAAGCGGCAAACAGUUCGUCCUUUUUUGAAUAAUUUUUAUCUCGUAUUUGCUUAUCUAAGUAUUCCCAUAGAUUUUCAAUGGGGUUUAUAUCGGAAGACUGUGAAGGCCAUUUGAGAACUGGCAUUUUUUCAUCCAGAAAGAAUUUCUUUGAAGGUCAUUAUCUUGCUGGAAGAUUGAUCUUAAGGGCAUAUUGUCUUCAUGGCAUGCUUUAGUAUGACUGUGUAUACAAACUUAUCCAUAAUGCCAUCUAUUCUAUGUAAAGGUCCCAUCCCAAACCCCGAAAAGCACCCCCAAACCAUAACAGACCUGCCUCCAUGUUUGACAGUGGGCAAAGUGUACUUUGGGUUCAAUUUUUGUCCACUAGGACGUCUAACGUAAUGAAAACUAUCCGAUCCAAACAUAUUGAACUUGGAUUCGUCACUGAAACAUACCCUCUUCCAGUCACAGAUUCUCCAAUCAAGGUGCAACCGUGCAAAUUGUAAUCGGUCCUUACGGUUUUUCCUCGAGACUAGCGGCUUCGUACUCGUUCGACGUGCAAAUAAAUUCAAAUCAUUUAAUCUUCUACUUAUAGUUUUCGUAGAAACACUGACAAUUCCUUUUGUCUCGAUUUCGGCUUUUAUUUGUCUUGGCGUUUUAAGCGGAUCUUUGAACGAAAUUACUUUUAUUAAUCUACCUGAUCUGGCAUUUAGUUUUCUAGGACGACCACUUCUCUUAGAGGCUUCCAAGAUACCUUUUUGUUUGUAUCUGUUCAAUAUUGCCCAAACUGCUUUACGCUUCAGCUUCAAAUUUUUGGCGAUGUCGACUUGUCGUUGACCAUCUUUGUAUAACUCAUUGAUCUUAGUUUUCACAUUGACAGAAAUUUCUGGACCACGCGGCAUGGUCUUAAAAUCACUCAGCUUAUUCCACAAUACUUGAUGAACACAAACUAAUCCUCUUCUGGCACGAAACUGUACUAAACUAAUGUUGAAAAGAAUUUGUCUACAUAUUUUUGUCUCUUAUAAAAAAGUGCUUAUAUUCAGACUUGUAUUGUGUUCAUUGCAGAUAAUGUAAAAACAAGGAAUUUAGUUUUUCUACUAAUAAGGCAUUUGUUUAUGAAGCAAUGAAGUAUGAAUUCGUUUUCUAAAGGUAUUUAGGUAAAUAUUCAUAUUUGUCUAUAUACUUUUGUCCAUUACUGUAUAUUGCAUAUAAGACCACUGAAAAAUGUACUAUGUAACAUUAAUUUUGAAUCUCCAGAGUAGUUAGAUUAGUAAUUUUCUUUACUUACAUUUGUGUGUCACAUAAGCUACACAUUGGAAAACAUGGAAGCAAAACGUAUUAUUAUUUACAUCUUUAAAUUUCACUAGUUUUGUAUCAAAAUAAUUCAUUGUAUAAAGAG